GACACCUCUACUGUUUUCAUUGAAUUCCUCUCUGAAAUCGACAUCAGACAUUUUGAAAUGAGUACCCAGCCGAGUCCCUGCAUGAAUCCUCAGCAGCAACAAAGCGAGCAGGAGAAGGUGUACCAAUGGAUUAACGAAUUGGCGCAUCCGGACACGCGCGAGACCGCUCUGUUAGAGCUGAGCAAAAAGCGAGAAACUGACUUGGCUCCUAUGUUGUGGAACAGCUUUGGAACGGCGUGUGCUCUGCUUCAGGAGAUUGUCAACAUAUAUCCGUCUAUAACUCCGCCCACUCUGACGGCACAUCAGUCAAACCGUGUUUGCAAUGCCCUGGCCCUGCUGCAGUGCGUCGCCUCCCAUCCUGAGACCCGUACAGCCUUUCUCCAGGCGCAGAUUCCCCUCUACUUGUAUCCAUUUCUGUCGACCACUUCAAAAACCAGACCCUUCGAAUAUUUGCGUCUGACCAGCUUGGGCGUCAUUGGUGCCUUGGUUAAGACCGAUGAGCAGGAAGUAAUCACGUUCUUGCUGACCACUGAAAUUGUUCCUCUUUGCUUAAGCAUUAUGGACAGCGGCUCGGAGCUAAGCAAGACUGUGGCCACCUUCAUCAUUCAAAAGAUACUGCUUGAUGAGUCGGGCCUGUCGUACAUCUGUCAGACAUACGAACGCUUCUCGCAUGUGGCCAUCACCCUGGGUAAAAUGGUGAUCCAGUUGGCAAAGGAACCGUGUGCCCGUCUGCUAAAGCACGUGGUGCGUUGCUACCUGCGUCUCUCUGACAACACUCGUGCUCGCAAGGCCCUCGGACAGUGCUUGCCGGAUCAGUUACGCGAUGGCACUUUCGCGCUGUGCCUGCAGGACGAUAAAUCCACGAAGCAGUGGCUUCAAAUGCUACUCAAGAACUUGGAGCUGGGAAACACCCCACAGCAGAUCGGCAUGUCGCCAUUGGGCUCCUAGAUCAUAGAAAAUCCAAAUCUCAUUUGUCUUAAGUAUUUCAUGGGCAUAAUGCAGGUCUUCCGCACCCGCAUUGCGCGCCUUUCAAAUCGCUGCUAAUCAAUUAAUUUCACCAACUAGUUAUCAUCUAGCCAGAACGUCUGUGUAAUAAUUUUUCACCAGGUUGCCUGAGCCUAGCCUAAGCCAAGAUGUAAUUUACAUAAAUUUAUGUGUAGUUAUGAAUACAAAAAAAGUAAUGUUAAUAAGCUAAGCAAUUUCUUUGCUAUUAGAAUAUAAUUUACAAUGUAAAUAAAGAUCCCAUACCGUGAAACUAUUCCU